CCCAAUGCUCUGCCAACUGAGCUACGCGGUCAGGUCGGUUCGAAUAUGUGAUAUUUCGGAACUGAGUCUAUUUCCUUCGAUAUCAAUGUAAUCGAAUAAUCAUGAUGCUUGUGUUGUUUCUCUGUUAUAAUAAUAAUAAUAAUAAUAAUAAUAAUAAUAAUAAUAAUAAUAAUAAUAAUAAUAAUAAUAAUAAUAAUAAUAAUAAUAAUAAUAAUAAUAAUAAUAAUAAUAAUAAUAAUAUAAACGAAAAUACGACUUAUACUAUUUUGUUGUUCUUGAAAUUCCUGCACAAAAUCUAGUUUGCUGUGUAAACGAGACAAAUUCGAACAGAUGAACUCAGAAAGGCAAUAGUUUAAACGAUUUUUUGAAACUCUAUGUCAGCGAUAGCAAGUCAAUAUGGCUAAUCAAAGGCAAUAUAAACACAGGCGUAAAUGGACAGAUCAAAUGAACGAGGAUCUUUUGAGUUGCAAACGCGAGGCUGUGGCACUAGACACCUUAAGAUUGACGUUUACGGCAAACGUCGAACCGCUAGCGAAGUUUUUCAUUUUACAACUCUAUUAUAAUAGCUUUUACACCAGUUUUGAAAUAUGUUAAUAACGUAUUAAACUUGUGUUCUUUAGCAAUGAUUUAAGAAAGCAAAUUAACCACUAGUCAUGCCAUUCACCAAGGCAGUAAAUUAAGAUUUGGCGUUUGAAGUUGACGUUUGGCGUAUAAAUUUCAUGCUUUAACGACUACAAGCCCUGGUAGCAGUUCAAGCAUGAAAUUUAUACGCCAAUCAUCAACUUCAAACGCCAAAUCUUAAUUUACUGCUUUGGUGAAUGGCAUGACUAGUGGUUAACUUGGUUUCUUAAAUCAUUGCUAAAGAGCACAAGUUUAAUAAGUUUAACAUAUUUCAAAACUGGUGUAAAAGCUAUUAUAAUAGAGUUGUAAAAUCAAAAACCUCGCUAGCGGUUUGACGUUUGCCGUAAACGUCAAUCUUAAGGUCUCUAAUGACACAAAGGGAGCAACUACCGUUGGAUGGAAAUAGCAAGAAAAAAGGCUAUAUUAAACUUAUGAAGGAGCUAUGGGAUGCCAAAGGAUAUAAUGAUUUUGGCUUCUCAAGCCAGAAUUUGCGUGAUCAAGCUGCAAGGCUGGAGAAAUCUUUGGAGCUGGGGGACUCGAGAAACGUAUCAAGAGAUUCUAUUGCUAUAAACCAAAGCAAUUUACCGAGGUUGAAUAAGGACAAUUUAAUACGGGAUUCGCAAACGGGAGAGGGCUCAAACGGUUUCGAUAUGUCGGCGAAAGAUACCGCCUUGAUUAAUGAAUUGCAGUAUACAAAUCAAACCAAUGAAUUGCAAACAACAACCCGCCACGAUUUGCAUAAUAGUCAACAUGAAAUUCUGGGAGCACUCGACCAGAACGAAGACAAUGCAAUUAUCUCGGGCUGUCUUCCGCAGUAUAAUAAUGUAAAUAAACCACCUAUGAUUAAUUGGGGGAAGCGAGGCGAUGAACGAACAAUAGUUAUAUCGACUUCAGACAUUACAGAUGCAUAUGAUGAAAUUACAACUUGGAAAAAGAAUGUUUUUCUAGUGCCAUACGGGAAAAUAGGAAGGGAUUUUAUCGAUCAAAUAACGAUGCAUGCAUAUAAACGACUGGAAUAGCGGUUCGAAAAAUCAACAUGUUUCCCUAAAAGCUGUUUUUGUACUUCUCGCCGUUGGGCUUCAAAAGCCAAACCCGAAGUCCAAGGCAAAGGACCAUCAAGAUGCCUUGUCAAAGCGACUUGCACUUUGGAAGGACGGUGAUAUCAGUAAGCUAAUACGUGAAGGACGAAUCAUAGAAAGUCGUAUUGGAAAAUUUAAAGGAUCAAACCACCCCGAUAAAGCUAAAGUCUUUGCUAAGCUUGUGAUAGAAGGUCAAAUCAACUCAGCCCUUCGCUUCCUGAGUGAAACCUCAAAUGGCGGCGUGUUAACGUUAACUGACGAUGUAAUGACGCAAUUAAAACAGAAGCAUCCUGCGCCACAACCAGCAAAACUCGGGUCGGUAUUAUUUGGCCCGCUCAAUGACGAGAUACCCGAAUCUGUUUACUCACAGAUCAAUGGUGAGAUGGUUAGACAAGCCGCUUUGAGAACAAAGGGAUCUGGAGGCCCGUCUGGUGUCGAUGCUAACGGCUUUAGAAGAAUGUUGGCAUGUAAGUCCUUUAAGCAAUCAUCUACAAGACUGUGCGAAGCCAUAGCCAGAAUGACCAAGACUUUGUGCACACAAUAUAUCGAUCCUACCAUUGAUUGCUAGUCGUUUAAUUCCCCUAGACAAAGGCGAAGGUGCGGUAAGAUCUAUCGGAGUAGGAGAGGUAAUAAGGAGGAUAAGUGCAAAAUGUGUUAUGAGCUUUGCAAAGAAGGAUGUUGUGGAAGCAAGUGGAUCGUUACAAUUAUGCGCUGGGCAAAAGUCUGGAAGUGAGGCUGCAAUACAUGCAAUGAACACCCUGUUUGAAGCUGAUGACAUUGAUGCUGUUUUACUUAUCGAUGCUUCUAAUGCAUUCAAUGCACUCAACAGAACUGUGGCUCUGCAGAACAUCCGUGUGUUAUGUCCGAUAAUCGCUGCCUACGUUAUAAACACCUACAGACAGCCAGCUCGGCUGUUUAUUGUUGGCGGCAAAGAGAUUGCGUCAGCAGAAGAAACCACACAAGGAGAUCCUUUGACAAUGGCCUUUUAUGCAAUAAGUACCCUGCCUUUGAUCACGAGUCUACAGGCCGCAUCUACCAUGAAGCAGUGUUGGUUCGCAGACGAUGCGAGUGGAGCUGGUCGUGUGACACAAAUCAAAGAUUGGUGGGAUGCAUUGAAUACUUUGGUCCAAACUUGGGAUAUUUUCCGAAAGACGAGAAAUGCUGGAUUAUUGUUAAGCCCGAAAAGGAAGAAAGUGUGAGAGAAGAAGUCUUCCAUGGAACGGAUAUCAAUGUAACAGUGCAUGGGCAGAAACAUCUGGGAGCAGCGCUAGGUUCACGAGAGUAUCUGGAGGAAUAUAUUAAUGAGAAGGUUUCUAAUUGGGUCAACGAAGUGACAGAAUUAGCCGAAUUUGCACUGUCCAAACCACAAGCGUCCUAUGCCGCAUACACAUUUGGUUUGAAACAUCGUUGGACCUACUUCCUAAGAACCCUGCCAGACAUCCAGGACCUACUAGAGCCACUCGAAAAGGCAAUAUCGUAGAUUCUCAUCCCCGCUAUCACAGAUCACCAGUGCAAUCCACUCGAUCGGGACAUUCUAGCACUUCCAGCACGUCUGGGUGGCCUGGGCUUGGAAAAUCCAAGUCAUGAGGCAGAACGUCGGUAUGUGUCGUCAAAAAGAGUGACAGCUCCCCUUGUUGAUCAGAUUGUAGCGCAGUUACAUCAGCUACCCGACGAGUCGCAUAUAAAAUCAGCGCAACAAGCCGUUAGAAAGGAAAGAGUGCAAGAGUGGGAGGAGAGGGCAGAACGUAUUAGAGAGAGUGCACCACCAACAAUUCAGCGUAUAUUAGAUGUGGCUUCGGAAAAAGGAUCAUCUGUGUGGCUCACAGCACUUCCCCUAAAAGAACAGGGAUUCGACUUGAAUAAGAGAGAAUUUCGGGACGCCGUAAAGCUGCGCUAUGAUUGGCCAAUCGACGACAUCCCCUCCAUAUGUGUAUGUGGGGAUACCUUCACGGUUAACCAUGCCAUGAUCUGCAAACGUGGAGGCUUUGUAAUUAUGCGCAACAAUGAGUUAAGAGAUCUGGAAGCGGAACUCCUCAACAUUGUCUGUAGUGACGUCCAAGUUGAGCCUGUCCUACAAGACAUCUCGGGAGAGCAACUAAAUGGAGGCUCCAACAGAGCACCUGAUGCUAGACUCGACAUUCGUGCGCGUGGGUUCUGGGAAAGUCAACGAUCGGCCUUUUUUGAUGUAAGGGUUUGUCAUCCCAAUGCUGAUUCGUACAAGGACCUGGAGCUACGCCAAGUCUACAAGAUACACGAAAACGAGAAGAAGCGCCUAUAUGCAAGGAGAGUCCUCGAAAUAGAGCAAGGAACAUUUACGCCACUCGUAUUCACCACCACAGGCAGUAUGUAUGGGGAAAGAAUGUGUGAGAUACCAUAGUUGAUUGGCAGAGUUGGUAGCCAUAAAGAAAGGCGAAGAUUAUGCGACAACUAUGAGUUGGAUAAGAGCCAGAACCUCUUUCGCUUUAUUGAGAUCGGCACUUACCUGUUUGAGGGGUUCAAGGGCAAGGAAAAUCAUGUAUGAUAUUAGGAACAUUGAUUUCAACAUUGAGAACGCCGAGAGUGCUAUCUCUCAAACAUUUUAGAUUGUACAUAUACAAAGUUUAGUUGUUUAGUUAUUUAGCGGAAUAUGUUAGUUCAGUUAUUUAGCUACUUAGCGGUAAAUAUUUUAACUACGUAGCGGUAUAUGUUCCAGAGUUUGUUUUUAAAAUUUAACUGUACAUAUCAACAAACAUUUAGACACUUUUUUAAUUAUACCCAAAGAACAGAUUAUUUAAUAUAGUCAUUGAUAACAAAAGCAUUAUUGUAUAUAAUGAAAUGAUGAAUAAAGUUGUAUCAUUAUUAAAUAAUAAUAAUAAUAAUAAUAAUAAUAAUAAUAAUAAUAAUAAUAACAAUAAUAAUAAUAAUAAUAAUAAUAAUAAUAAUAAUAAUAAUGGAAACUUUAUUAAAUGUUUUUCUUUACAUACAUAUACAAUCGUAAAUCUCUCUCAUAAAGGUAACUUACGGUUGGCUAUUUGAAUCACAAUUAUACUAAACUAAAAUAACAGAACAAAGUGCAUGCAAUAUAUAUAUAUAUAUAUAUAUAUAUAUAUAUAUAUAUAUAUAUAUAUAUAUAUAUAUAUAUAUAUAUAUAUAUAUAUAUAUAUAUAUAUACAAUGAGAUAAGUCAAAUUGUUAGUAGUAUGUAAUAUGUAGUAAAAAUGUAAUAUGUAGUUCUAAUAGCAAUAGUCAUCAUUUUCCUAACGCAGUACAUUUGGUGGUUUUUGUCAAGACCAAUGCUUUCUAACAUGUCUAAAAAUGUAUAAGAUUCUUCUGCAAAAAUACCUAAAGAGAUGAUGGAGAGAUUUAUAAAUUUAACUUGGUUAAAAUUUUUACCUAGCUGUCUCAAUAAUUCUCUAUAUUUAUCUUUCUUCCGUUUUACGUUGUUUUUGAGGUUUCUCUCGUAACCAGUGGUGAAUUCAACCACAUAUAAGGAACCAUUUGAGCACGAUAAUAACAAAUCUGGGCGAUACGUAUCACCAGUAAGUAUUGAAGGGCUUUUGAAUCCAUUUAGAUCAGCGUAGAGAGUAGAACCGUCAACAGUUUGUAAAGUAUGAGCAAGAAAGUUCAGGACUGAAUUGUGUCUCCACGUAAAUCGGUCGAGAUAAAACUGACAUCCAGCUACUAUGUGUAGUAAUGUUUCAGGGCUAAGACAAAAAGAACAGUCUGAAUUUGAAGAUAUUGCACAUCUGUUUAGGUUUUUGCGCGUCGGAAGAGAGUUGUUAAUGUAACAAAUGGUAAAGUUGUAAAUGUUUUUCGGGAGCUUUGAUUGGGCGAUGGACCACACCUUGUUAAGCUGAGGUAAAGCGAACUUCUUGACGCUGCAGAAAAAGGAACCUUGACUGGUUAAUUGGUUUAGCAGUUUGUUUUCGUGUCCAGAACGGAAAUCUUUGAGAACUUCCUUAGUAGAGUUAUAAACGUCAUAUUGGAUAUUAGUAUGGUUAGUGGUUGCUCUCCACAGAUCGUUAGUUGAUUCAUUAGGAGAAGAUUUUAAAGCUUUUCGGAUGACUGUUUGACACUGGGUAAAUUUUACAGAUGGAGGAUAAAUACUCAGGCCAAAUUUGUUAUUUGUUAGAAAGACAGUACUUAGCGUUCCUGAUAUUGGUACUUCAAGCCAUCUGCGGAUAUAUUUGUUGGCAAUAGAAUCGAUAUUUUCAGUAACCCAUGUUUUAGAGAGUGUUGCGACGGUAAAGUGCCAGGCUAACUUGGACAAGACGUAGCGACUGUAGAGGAGCAGUUUAUUUUUGGGGUGUAGUGGCUUUGAGUCAAUAUCAGAUAUUAGUUCAUUAUAAGUAGGGUUGUUAGUUCAGUUUUAUGAUUAUCAUUCGACAUGUGGAAAUCAAAGUGACGUCCUAAAUAUUGAAAUGAUUCUCCAAUGGUGAUUUUUGGUAUUAGUUGAUUGCUGAUGAGGAGUUUUGGCAAGUACUGAACUGAUUUUGUGAUCGCUUUUUUAAUGCCAAAGGUACUGCAUUUGUCAACUCGGAUAAUCAUAUCGGACCAUUGGCACCAGAUAGAAAAUCGAUCUAAUAGAUGUUAGUUUUCGGAUUCUUGGCCAGUAAUUACAGCCGCGUCAUCAGCAAACUGGAACCAGUGGAUGGGAUUUAGUAAUUUGAAGGAAAACCCAAAUUGACGGUCCUUUUCAGCCUUGAUAUGCUGAAUGAAUGUAUUGAAGCACAUGUUAAAAAGAAGAGGACUGAGGCAAUCUCCUUGCAAUACGCCACGGCCAACUGUCAUAAAAGGAGUGCGGAAUUCAGAUGUAAUUAUCGAGGUUUGGAAAUCAGUAUAUAAACUUUUUAUAACAAAUUUAAUAUGAUCAGGGAUAUUGUGGUAGUCAAGUACGGAUUGGAUGAGGUUGUGAUCGAUUUCGCCGAAAGCAUUCUUAAGAUCAAGUAGGGUGAUGACAACAAAGCGUUGUCUGAUCCGAGCUUUAUUAAUAAUGUCAGCCAUUUGUGCAGUAUGUUCUAGAGUGCCAGAUAGGUUAGGAGUGAAGCCUUUUUGUAUGUUGUGUUCGACGAAGUUAUUAGAUGCGAGGAAGGAGUAUACUGCGUUUCGAAGACAAGAUGUCAUAUUAUGAUGGAAAUUUUUUUAUUUCAUAAUAUACCAUAAAACUAUAUUUCCAUUGAUAAACCUCGCUCAUAAAGGUAGUUUAUCGAUGACUACUUGAAAAAUAUUUGGAUUAUAUAAAUUUACAAAAAUAGGAAAUUUAAUAUUGUUCAAAAUUUUAGAAGCUCUGGGCUAGUCCAGUCUUUGUUUCGCUGACAGAAUACAUAAUAUGAUGUGCGAAUACAAAUAGCAAUGAUUUUCUUUUUAAUGUAUUUAAUUUGUUGUUCAUCGAACUUCAGUUCCUUGAGCAUAUCCGUUAAGGUGUUCGUCGAUUGACCAAAAACGCCUAGCGAGCUUAUGGAUACAUUAACAAAUUUUAAUUUUUUUAUAAUAAUAAUAAUAAUAAUAAUAAUAAUAAUAAUAAUAACAAUAAUAAUAAUAAUAGACUUUAUUAAAAUACUCAGAUACAUCCGUCUGAGUUUACAAUCGAAAGGUAAUUGAUCUAGAUAGUUAUAUUUACAAUGUAAGUUAAGAAGCGUAAAAAAGUUUUAAAAAGUUUUAAAGACAUUAAAGUCAAACAAAGUUAUACAGACAACGAUUUAUGAACGACCUCUUGAAUCUUUCUGUUCUCACUAGGGGGAGUUCCUACUCAUGCCCUCUAGGCCUAAGUUACCUACUUCUUUUUUCCGGCAGCAGUUCAAGCAAUGUGUUGUCCUCAGUUGAUGUUAUUUUGUUCCACAGUUUCUUAUCUCUCUUGUCACGUAUUUCUUUAAUGUGUGUUCGUUUUGAUAUAUAACCAUUCUUAUUUGCACGUUUAAUGAAUUUAUCUAUUUGGUUCAAAUAUUUACAGUCAUAUGCACAACCCCACAGCUCAAUAGCAAAAGUGAAUAUCGACAUAAUUAGGCUAUCAAACAGCAGAUCUAAUUGUUGAAUUGACAGUCCAUAGUAUUUGCAAACUCUCAUAAUGUACAUUCUUCCACCCUCCUUUUUUGAGCAUUUCUUCGAAGUGCAAAUCCCAGUUGCACGGAUUAUCUUGUAGAGUAACUCCUAAAAGCUUUAGCCAUGUUUUUCGCUUAAUUGAAGGGAUAAGCUCAGGCAAAACAACGACAACGACAACGACAACGACAACGACACGACAACGACAACGACAACGACAACGACAACGACAACGACAACGACAACGACAACGACAACGACAACGACAACGACAACAACGACAACGACAACAACAACAACAAUUUAUUUCGCACCACCAAGUAAAAUAACAUUAUAUGAUUUUUUUUUAAUAUAAAUAUUAUGGCACAGGUCACCAGAAAUAGUGAAGACUAAACCAGUCUAGUGACUACAGAGGUGUGUCUGCGAACAACCAUUUCGUACGUUUUUUCCAAGUUCAAGGGCAUUCUAUUCUCUUCCGCCCAAUCCUGUAAACAGGCAGCUUCAGAUCGAAAUGUGUCACCACUUUCGUUGCCAGGCACUCCUAACGUCAAAUCGUCAGCAAAUUUGACUAACGCAUUACUAGGAUCAGCAGUUUUAAUAUCAUCGACCAUUAUUGAGAAAAGAACUGGGCCUAAAACGGUACCUUGAGGAACACCACGAUUAAUAUAUAAAUAUUCUGUAAUAAUUCCAUCAACCAUUACUCUUUGUAUUCCAUUUUCUAGAAAGCUAAUUAACCAGUUCACCACAUAUGGAUUAAUGGGUAUUUUGGCCAUAUUAUUUCAUAAAAUUUUAGGGUUAUCUCAUCUAGGUU